GAACGAGUAAGCGAACGAACGGACACAGUCAUCGCACUCGACGCCGCCGCGGCAACAGCUGGCCGUGUCAGUGCUCAGGCAGUCGACUCCGUCAGACCUUGUGCAUAUCAGUGGUUAAUAGCGAAUCGACAUCGAGAUACGACUGCAACUCGCGUCGUUGUCUAACUCCGUAGUGCCAGUGUCGGUGGUGCGUGUGAGUGUCAGCUUACCUCUGCUCAUCUUCUCGCUAUGGCCAAGACCUACGACUAUCUGUUCAAGCUGCUGCUCAUCGGCGAUUCGGGCGUCGGCAAAACCUGCGUACUGUUUCGCUUCUCCGAGGAUGCCUUCAACACCACCUUCAUAUCCACUAUCGGAAUCGACUUCAAAAUUCGCACAAUAGAGCUCGACGGCAAGAAGAUCAAACUACAGAUAUGGGACACGGCGGGUCAGGAAAGGUUUCGCACAAUAACGACGGCCUACUACAGAGGCGCGAUGGGCAUAAUGCUGGUGUAUGACGUGACGAACGAGAAGAGCUUCGAAAACAUCAAGAAUUGGAUAAGGAACAUCGAGGAGAACGCCUCGGCGGAUGUUGAGAAGAUGCUGCUGGGCAACAAGUGCGAGCUGACGAACAAGCGGCAGGUGUCGAAAGAACGAGGCGAGGCGCUAGCCGUCGAGUAUGGCAUCAAGUUCAUGGAGACGUCGGCCAAGUCGAGCAUCAACGUCGAGGAGGCCUUCUUCACACUUGCCAGGGACAUCAAAGCCAAAAUGGAAAAGAGACUGGAGGCAUCGAAUCCACCGAAAAGCGGUGGUCACCAGUUAAAGGCUAUAGAACCUCAAAGGAAACCUCCAAGUCUAUUUUCACGCUGUUCUGUACUCUGACCCCUCAAACACCUGCAGCACGAUACUAAGGCCCACUCGUCAACAUUUGUCGUUUACUUACGUUCUCUGUGUCGAACGAAAUUUCUGUUCAAAGAGCAGAAUCCUAAUGGGCGUCUGCCCUCCAAGGAGUCUUGUGAUUUAACUCCUUGACGAUGAAUGUAUUUUGUCAAUUGGGUGGUGUUUUUAUAAAUUAUACAAAUAACCGACACACUCUCCUAACAGAAACCUUUACGGAGAGAGGGGGGGAGGGGGAACUGUACUGACUUCAUAGGCUGAAAUCAUAGUGACCUUUUAUUAGAAUUUAAUAUAAAAAACAAGUCAAGUAAAGAUUUUUUUUAAUUUAGAUACUAUCAAAACUCACAGAAAUAUCAAAAUAUUAAGUACUUGGCAACGUAAUUGACGAAUCACUCAACUCGUUUGAAAAUAAGGCUUUAGAGAUACGAACAAACAAUUUUAAUAUUACUAAUUCUUUAUACAAAACUAUUGUAGAACUGUGCAAGUCAGGUUGCAGUUAUUAGUGAAUAAAAGAAACUCAAGGAUGUGAUGCAGCUUAUAAAAGAUAAUCAUUUUUUAUUGUGUUGCAUCAAGAUACAUUUUUCAAACAUGGAGCUUUGUUUUUUUUCUGGUCGAUGCGUGCACGAAUUAUUUGAAUUCGGUGAAAAUGUUUCUUCCCUGAUUUCCUCGUGUAUUAACGAGGUAUACGAUUAUUAACUAUAACUAAAAUAAAGAACUGCUAGCAAUAAUAAAUGCAAUGCCUUCAAGAAACAGAAAAAGUGUCUCGCUUAUACCUCGUUAAUGUACUGAAAUCUUAGAGUGGGUUGUAAACAAUAACUAAUUAAGGCCAGACACGACCAUAAUCAUUUUUUUUACAUUGUUGUUGAUUAAUAGCUUUUUCACGAAUUUAACAUAAUAAAAGUAAACAGUGGAGAUGAAAUAAUUUUAGCACAUUUUAGUAUGAAAUGAUAUAAAAUUACAUACAGAAGAUGAUGCAAAUCGUCAUUGGAUUACUCAUGUGAUGGAUAACGGACAAAUAACAUUGUGCGUUAAUAACUUUGUUUUUUAAGAAAAGAUGAAUUUUACUAGUUUUGCAAAAUCUGAUAUAACAAGAUGAGAAGAUUUGUGUUGCACGAAAGAAUUUAGGUUUACAAGUGUAAGUCGAUUUAUGUAUGUACAAAGGACCUAUAAUGAAAAAUUUAUAGCAUCUGCUUGUUGUUGUCACGGCUCGCGCAUCUUUAUCUACUUUGCAUUUUUAUCAUUCAAUUUGUUCCAAUU